UGAAAUUUUCGUAUUUUUGUGAUUACCCAUUGACGAAUGGUUCGCGUUCUAAGGUAUAUGCGUAUCAAACGCGUCAUUCGUGAAUUCCGAUAAUUUGUGAUAAAUAAUCUGAAGUAAUCUGAAGAGUUUUACAAAACAUUAUUCCAAUAAACUGAAGUUUGUAAAUAUACAAAUAGCAUCUAACAAUGCUAGCGUGACGAUAAAUACGAGAAAAAAGUUUUAUCAGAUAUCUAUCGUUUUUUUCUACUCCCACAAAAGUUCGAUCGAAAAUCAGUGAUCUCGCAAUCCAUUGCGAGCACCUCGGCGAACAAUCUCGCUGUAGAUUUCUUUCGUUUCGCACGCAAAGCCGGUACGCUGCUACAUGGCAUAACGACCGUGAAGACUGAUCGAUAGCUGUCGGAGGGGAAGGGAGGAUCCGACCCCGCGGUGAAAGUGCAGCGGAGAUUUGCGACACAAAGGAGAUCGGCAAGUGUUUUUCGUUAACGCCGGAUGCGCAGCUGAUUCGCAUCUCCUCACUGGGAAGUGCAGCGAGAGUGGUGAAAGAGAGCCAGCUCGGCGAGCUCGUUGGUGUAGUGCACCAUACGACGCUCGGUUCUCGGCUGGAUCACUUGCGCGGAGGCUGUGCGCAUGUGAGGAAACGGAUAUUCGUUCGAUGAGCUUGGAGGUCAAGUGCAAACAAUUGGACGUACUAUUCGACGUCUUGUCUUUGUUGGGGUGAAGAUGGACAAACGGCAACUGCAUCAAAUAUGCUGCUGUUUAUUGUUGCUAAUAGCGACGACAAAGUGUUACAAUGAAGAUGAUGCUGGAAAGAAAGUUUUAAAAGGCGUGUACUCAUGGAAAGUUUUAGAGUUCAAGUUCGCAACUAAUCGUGACAAAGAAUUGGCUAUUGGCAGUGGCUAUUACAAGCCUGGCGCGUCUAUUCCUAUCGACGUUGACGUGUAUUAUGGUACUAACGAUCGUAAAGUAUUUGUAACGAUGCCUCGAUUGGAACGGGGAGUUCCAAUGACUGUUGGUUACGUUUCCGACAUAAUUUCAGAAUCCGGUAAUCCUUUGAUAGCUCCUUAUCCCAACUGGGAAUGGAAUAAGCUGGAUAACGAUUGCGAUGCCAUAAUUAGUGUCUAUCGAAUACAGGUUGACGAGUGCGAUCGAAUAUGGAUCCUAGAUACCGGCGUAAUAGGCGAGGAGAGAGUCUGUCCUCCCCAGAUUCUCUCAUUUUCUCUGCAAACAAACAAGCUACUAAGCCGAUAUCGUUUUCCACGCAACCAGUACAAGGAACAUUCUCUUUUCGUCACACCGAUGGUUGAUGUGAGAUCACUGGACAACCACUGUCGCGAUACUUUCGUAUACAUCGCGGACGUCACGGUGUUUUCCCUCGUGGUCUACGACCAUCAAAACGUGCGCUCGUGGCACAUUUACAACAACCUGUUCUAUCCGUAUCCGCCCUAUGGGACGUUCGAGAUAAAAAAGGAAGUUUUCGAUUUAAUGGAUGGUAUUUUGGGAUUGGCCCUGAGUCCGCUCAGAUGGCACGAGGAUCGGAUAUUGUACUUUCAUUCGUUGGCUAGCAGGAUCGAGUCUUACGUUCCAACGUCUGUCAUUCGAAAUUUUACGCUUUUCAACAACGCCCCUUAUGCAGCGCCAAGAUCGUUCAAAGCUUUUGACUUGGAGAGAUCAUCACAGUCCGCGGCCGAGACGAUGGAUCGCGAUGGUGUUCUAUUUUUCGGCCUCAUGAGUGAUUUGGCGAUCGGCUGUUGGAAUAGCAAACACUUUCCCGAGUUCGGCGGGCGAAAUAUUGAGACACUCAUCAUUGACGAAGAUACUCUGCAAUUCGCUUCUGGUCUCAAGGUGAAAAGCAGCAAAACGAAUCGUCAAGAAAUAUGGGUAUCGACAGCGGCGUUUCAACGUUACAUGAGUGGCACAUUACACUCGAACGAGACGAAUUUCCGUAUCCAAGCAGCUUUCGUCGACGAAUUGGUACGCGGUACCAAAUGCGACGUGCGUGCCUUAGACAAUUACAGCCAAAGUAGCAGUAAUCGUUUGUCAUCGUCGCCGCGGCCAACCUUAGAAGUUGGCAGCAACGAAUUUCGCUUUACGCACGUCGACUCGUCACUGACAUUUGUAGGGAAAUACUCGCUAGUAAUGCGGUUCGUGUUGUGCAUUUUUGCACUUGUAGGUGUAGCUAGCGCCUACUAUAAUUCAGUACAUCAGUAUUCUCCAUUGACCACCGAAUAUGAGUGGACAUAUUUUGAUUACUUGUGGGAUUCUCAACAUGAAAAAAUUCAUUACGUCAGGUGGGGCCUGUAUAAUUAUACAAAAAUGACGCCUAUUGAUGUCGAACGAUCAAUCGAUGGGCGGACAUUCGUGACGAUCAUAAGAACAGCAGGAGUUCCAGCUACACUACACACAGUAUCUAAUCAAAAAGGUGAAUCUGGUCCUCUUUUGAAACCUUAUCCAGAUUGGUCAUGGUACUCUAAUCUUCAGUGCGACAAAAUUAUAAAUGUCUACAGAGUUGCGAUUGACGAGUGCAACCGAAUGUGGGUACUAGAUACCGGAACUAUCGACGACUCAUACCCUUGCCCUGCAAAAUUGUUAGUUUUCAAUCUUUACAACGAUCAGCUCCUUUUUACCCAUGAGAUUCCCAACCAUGUUGCUCGAAACAAAAACGGCGAGGGAUUGCUUAUUACACCUAUUGUUGAGACCUUCGGAUUCAGAUGCGCCAACUCUACUGUAUACAUGGCUGACACAACAGGCUACGGUAUGGUGAUCUACAAUGGUCAAAGAACGUAUCGUCUCGAGGCUGAGGAAUUCCGCGCGGAGAUCAAGUAUUCGAAUUUCACGAUAGCUGACGAAAGUUUCUUCCUUCCGGACGGUCUUUUUGGAAUGGCGCUGACACCUCUACUGCAAAAUACCAGAGAGAGAUUCCUGGCCUUCAGGCCAUUGGCGUCCACAUCGCUGUACGGUGCCAGUACAGAGGUACUGAAGCGCAGCACACAGGGCAAUACAAUUCGAUACUUGAAAGGCCACCAUGUACUUCCCAAUCAAGCUACUGCUAUGGCUUUCUCGUCAGGGGGAACUUUGUUUUAUGCGUUAACUGGUGAGACGGCUAUUGGAUGCUGGAAUGCUGAUAAACCCUUGGAACCGAGAUUCUUUAAAGUGGCAAUUCGAGAUCCCACGCGUCUACAAUUUGCUAGUGGACUCAAAGUUAUUAAAAAUCCAUUAAACCCGACGCACGGCGAAUACUUACUCGUGAUGACGAAUCGCCUACAGAAAAUUUACUCUGGGACAAUCAAUUUCAAAGAAAUCAAUUUCCGUAUUACUAAAGCUGUUGUCAAAGACGUCAUAAGUGGAACUGUAUGCGACAGAUAUUAAGAAAACAUUUCAAGAUAUUGCAAAAUUGUAAAAAAUCAAGUUUUCAUAAAUUUAUCAUUCGUA